AUGAAUCGAAUUGAGGAGCACGAUGGUGAGACGUAUGACGGCAAGUAUGACGAACCAUACGACGAAAAGUACGAGGCUCCGACUCUCGAUACCUUCAACACCUUAAAUACGCUGGCCCCCACUCACGACGACCCCAAUGGUGCUGUGACCCCGACAAGCCAGCGUGCUGAAGCGAAUCGCCUUAAUGAUGAUCUUGAGCUUCUCCGCGCUGAGCGCAUGGUCUCAAACCAAGAACAUGACGGAGCCUCCAGGUCUCGGACAAAAAACCGGCAUCACAACCCUGAGCCUGAGGAUGCUUUUAACCAGACACCUACAGAAGUCGCGCCAGAGAGAAAGAAAAACACCGAUGCUGCCCUUUAUAAACUAUGGCUUUUUAUCAGCAAAUUCCCUCGCUUCUUCCGGUACAUCAUCUACCUUAUCCCUGGCGCUGCCUUGCUCCUGGCCCCCGUCCUGCUCGGUACAUUUAAAUUCAAUGGAUCUGAGCACGCCGUGGGCGGCCCCGGCGGCGUCUAUAUCAUGUGGUUUGGCAUCUGGCUGGAGAUCGUGUGGUGCUCGCUUUGGGUGACACGGAUGCUUACGAAUCUUAUCCCGCCUCUGUUUCAUGGUGUUGCUCGAAUGGUCGGGUCGACCAAUGCCCACAAGUGGCGGGACAUUGGACAGCGUCUUGAGCUGCACACAGCCUUGUUCUUAUGGUUCCUAACUAUUCUCAUCUCUUUCCAGCCCACCAUGGACAAUCACCGUGCCCCUGUCCCAGAUGGCGAUUCAGGAAACGUUCACAUGCACUGGAUCAGCGUCGUAAACAAAGUAAUCAUUGCUCUGUUUGUCCUGGCUGCGUUGAACUUUGUGGAAAAGAUUCUCAUCCAGUGGAUUGCCCAAAGCUUUCACCAGCGGACGUACGCCACUCGAAUCGAGAACAACAAGGCUGAUAUACGCCAGCUCGUGUGCCUUUUUGAGUACGCAAAGUCCAAGCUAGAAAGCACUGACACCUUUUGGAAGGGCAGCGUCGGCAAUGCCUCCAGCAGCGGCUUGCAGACGCCCAUGAAAGCUUUCCACAACAAUGCCCGCCAGAUGCUGGGUAAAGUUGGGCACGUUGCUGGUAGAGUUGGCAAUGAUAUCCUGGGCCGGAAAGGAGCCGACAACAACCACCCUCGCAGGAUUGUAGCUGAGCUGCUACGCAACACUGCCUCCGCACACACCCUUGCCCGCCUCAUCUAUCGUAGCGUAGUGCGCGAGGGCCGCGAGACUGUUCAUCUGGAAGACCUGCAGGCUGCCUUUGAAACAGAAGAGGAAGCCGAAGCGGCCUUCUCCAUGUUCGACAAGGACCUCAACGGCGACAUUUCCAUGGAUGAGUUUGAGGCUGUCUGUAAUGAGAUUCAUCUCGAGAAGAAAGCUAUAGCAGCAUCACUCAAGGAUCUCGACUCCGUUAUCAAGAAGCUCGACAAAGUUUUCCUAUUCAUCAUUGUCGUCAUUGCCGUUAUCGUCUUUGUUGCCAUCCUGUCAGAUUCGACAGCAGCUGGCCUUGCGUCUGCGGGCUCCUCGAUUCUUGGUCUGGCAUGGAUGCUUCAGGCGACGGCUCAAGAAUUCCUCCAGUCCAUCAUCUUCGUCUUUAUCAAACACCCGUUUGAUGUAGGCGACCGAGUUACCAUUUACGGCAACACAGGAGCUACACUGACUGGCGAUGACUAUUAUGUCACAGAGGUCUCGCUUCUUUAUACCGAAUUCAAAAAGAUGCAAGGUCAUAUUGUUCAAGCCCCAAACUCACUUCUUAAUACCGUCUUCAUCCUCAACCAGCGGCGAUCCAAUGGUCUUUCGGAUUCGAUUCCCCUCGAGAUGCGAUUUGGAACACCGGCUCAUUUGAUCGAGGACCUCAAGGCCAGGAUGCUGGAAUUCGUCAAGAGCAACAAGCGGGAUUAUCAGCCGAGCAUCAUCACCGAAAUGACUGGCUUCAAAGAAGUGCGAUCGUGCACUAUGAACAUGGUCUUCUUCCACAAGAGCAGUUUCCAAAACGAACUUCUUCGACUGAACCGCCACAACAAGUUUGUCACUGAACUCAUGUAUCAGAUGGUCCAGGUGGGCAUUGAGGCACCACUCAGAGUCGACCCUGGUGGUAGCCGAGAGCAUCCCAUGUACUGGGCAAAUAUGCCUGCGCCGCCUGCAUACGGCAGCGGCAACAAUGAGACUCCGUCUCAAGGUCGACCUCGAGCUUCCUCGAGUAUUCGCAGUGUUCCAAUUCCAAACCAAGAGCCUACUACUGGAGGGUUCCAAGAUGUUUUUGAGAAACGACGAGAAAAUGUUCACAUGCAGAGAAUGGCUUCUAUCCGAGAGAAGGAGAGGGGACUGCAAGAGGAAUCUGAAGCAACUGCUCGUGCGUCUACCACCUCGGCGCUGGCCCCAGUCAUGUCAGUCGAUUCUCAGUCUCAGUCUCGGUCUCGCAUCUUUGGGCGCGCACGUAGCGGGACUAGGAGCAUCAACAGUCAUAAGGACAUGGUCUAA